GGAAGGUCGUCCCAGAACAGUGCCAGAGGAGAGCUAGCUUCUAACAGCGCUCUGUUGGGGGUGGAGUGCAAAUGUGAUAAUCACGGCAAUUUGAUGUUGGAUGCAAACAGAUUGAACGGUUUCAUGAGCAACGAUUCAGAAAAUGACACUUUAACAUGGAUGUUCUGGAAGAAACGACGUUACAUAAUAGUGUUGAUGGCCUUCUUCGGAUAUUUCAUGAGCUACGCGCUACGAGUGAAUUUGAGUGUUGCAAUUGUGGAAAUGACGAAAAACCGAACAGUGAUCAGAAACAACUCAAUAGUAUACGAGCAAGAUGUCAGUUGGACCUCAGAACAGAAAGGAAUAAUUUUAAGCUCCUUCUUCAUGGGGUAUAUAGUUACGCAGGGAAUUUCAGGAAUUCUGAGUAAUCAGUUUGUCAGCAAUCAGAUUAUUGGGAUCGGAACAGGUAGUACAGCAUUGCUGACGUUACUCUCGCCUAUUGCCGUAAAGGCCGGAUUCUACGUAUUUUUAGGAUUGAGGAUACUAGAAGGAGUUAUGUCGGGAGGAACCUUUCCCGCAAUGCUGGCAUUAUGGUCAAAAUGGGCUCCACCCGCUGAACGUUCACGAAUGACAGCUGUAGCAUAUUGCGGUAUCCAUUUUGGUAUAAUCAUAACCAACGUCCUUUCAGGCUUUUUAGCGACCAGAUUCGGUUGGGAAACCGUUUUCUAUUUCACUGGGUGCUUAGGCAUCACCUGGUACAUUGGAUGGGCGAUCAUUGUUAGGUCGGCUCCAGAAAAAGACCGAUUUUGUUCAACGGAUGAGAAGCUUUAUAUAGAAAGUCAAAUGGAUACUAAAGCAAAUGGAAGUUGUAAGAAACCUUGGAAGGCCAUAUUGACCUCAGGUCCAGUAUACGCUUGUCUUUUGGCCAAUUUUUGCGAUGAGGUUGGCGGAUACACUUUGAUGACGCAAUAUCCAAUGUUUUUGAAAGACGUCCUCAGUUUCGACCUCGAAUCCACUGGCCUGAUUUCAGCAGCUCCAUACUUAGCCGCAGGUCUCCUCAUGGGUCCUGCUGGGUGGCUUGCAGACUGGUUGCGAUUAAAUACUCAGAUGACAACGACAACCGUGCGGAAACUUUUCAAUAUUAUAUCAAACAUUGGAAAAGCUGGACUCAUGAUAGGAACGGCGCAGUUAAUCCCUGCUCGAUUCAGUGUAAUUUGUAUUACAUUCAUCUUGGGCAUUGGCGCAUUUGGAGGCAGCGUAAAUGUAACUAAUCCUCUGGAUAUCGCCCCACAAUAUGCCAGCAUAAUAUGUGCCAUAAUAAACACAAUAGGAACUAUCCCUGGAAUAGUUUUCCCAAUAAUCACUGGCUAUUUAACAAAUGUAGAGCAAGGGGUACCGAGUCGGUGGCCAACAAUAUUCUAUACAAUUGCGGCGAUAUAUUUGACAGGCAUGACAAUAUAUUGCAUAUUCGGAUCAGGGGAACUGCAACAAUGGGCCAAGGAACCUGAGGUUGCACCCAAACAGAAUGGCUGUGUUUUAGAUAUAAACAAAGACAUGAAGGUGGAGAAAACAUGACAAAAGCUGUGAGACUCAAUGUCUGUAUGUUGACACUAUUUUCGGACGAUUUUGUUUGAUGAUUCGUCAAAUGAUAGAAUUGAUAUCUAUGACUGAACACUAGCCAUUAAAUUUUUGUAAAUAAUUACCUUACAAAUAAAUUUUUAAAUUAUAUUGAAA